GAGAAAGAGCGCUAAGACUAAACAUGUUGUCCGUGUGCAUAUGUUUAUAAACUUUUACAAUCUGUCUACUUAAGACAAUAUUCAGUCGUCAGUUGACUCUGGGGGAUUAUUAUAACUUUAACAACUGGCCGCUUAUAUCCAUUGUUCAAAUUUUAGGUAAAAAAAAUCAAACGCAAACUGAUGGGUAGUGGAAAAAAGAACUCUGGUGUCAUAGUGCAGCGCUUUAAAACAAUUGACCAAUCAACGAUGAGAAAACUUGUAGGCGGGACGUAUUGUCAAGAUUGAGAAAAUAUUCCUCCAAUCGAAUACUCCGGUGGUCGACAUUGUCCAAUCGUGUGCGGGAUCGACCCGCCGUAUCCAACGAGAGUGGAUUUUCAAGGAGCUCGAGAGAAAAGCGGAGACGGGUAGACAUCAUUUCUCGCUCAGCGUCUUUGGACUAUCCACACGAAGGCAAAGAGCCAAGAAAUAAAAAAUCUUUUUCUGAGCAGGAAUAUAAUUAUCUACAUUAAUUAUCCAAAUUAGCCAUGGCCGACACAGCUGUUGACACGACAGUAACUGCAGAGGUUACAGCCAAGGACCUGAAAGAGAAGAAAGAAGUAGAAGUGGAGGAGGAGAAGAAGAUCGACAACGGGGACGCACCUGCCAAUGGCACAAAUGGUGCUGAUCACAGUGACAAAGUGGAAGAAACCGCAGAGGAGAAACACAAUAAUGGAGAUGGGAAUGCAGAGGAGGCGCCCCCUGCUGAGGAGACUGAUGCACAGCCUGUGAAGCGUGCAGCUGAAGAAGAGGAGGAGGAGGAGGAGGAAAAGGUGGUGACAAAAAAGCAGAAGACAGAGGAAAAUGGAGAUUCAAAAGAGGCAGAAGUCGAGGCUUAGGUCUCUGCCCUGCUACUUGUUGGCAGCACUGUCUUACCAGCCUGGUCAACAUCGUGUUGUAGAGCUUGUGCUUUCUGUACCUUUUUGAGAAACAUUUCUUUUUGUUUGCUCCCAUGUUAUCACAUUGCACUGGAGUCCUGAAAAAUAGUGGCCCUGCAUCCUUUUUUUAUGAAAUGUUAUUUAUUGGUCUUUAAAAUGAGCUUUUUUUUACUUGUACAAAUAGGGCCACAUCAUGAGAUCAGUUUUUUUCAUUUCUUGAGGUUUUAUAUCAGUAUGUUAGAAGCACAAUCUCUAUUAUGUCAGUGCUGACCAGAUGAUUCAUUCAUAUAGGCAGCUGCUCACCCCCUCCAAGGCUCAUGUUGACCUCUCAGAUUCACUUAAAGGACCAAAGAUAAGUUUUAAGCAGGGGCUAAUGGACAGUUGUUAGCAUUAUUAGUUGAGGCAUAAUUUCGUUUGUGUUGAGCUGCUACUUAAUCCUUGGCUUGGCUGCCCUGUUAACAUGACAGAUGGUGCAAAUGAAUAAAGGGGCUCUGUCUUGCACCUCCAUGAUAAGAUAGCUUGAUCUUGUAUUAUGGAGGAAGGAUUUUGCAAUGUUAAUUAACCCCUCUUAAAUCUUAAAGCUUUGGUCAUUUGUUCUGUAUGCAUUCCACGCAAGUUUGUACCAUUUAUACUUUGUUUUUCCUACGUUUUCAAUGAGUUUUAUGUUAUGGCUGGGUAGCCCAGUUUUGAGUCCAAGGCUGCCUUUUUCAGAACCAGAAUGACAUUCGGUUACUUCAGCCACUACUGCUUUGUAUAUUCUGAUUAACAAAUAAAUUGUCUUUUUACUGAA